AUGGAUCUUAGCAAGGGUACAUUCACGAGUGGUUAUAAGCAUUAUUGUUGCCGUUGCAUUUACCAUGCUGAUAAUGAUGAUCAGCGGAAGAUUUCUCUUUCUUCUGGGAAUAUCAAAGUUAACGGUGCAAAAAGGGCCGGUUACUACAAACAAUCCCCGACUGCUAAUACCAAGCUUGCCGCAAUAAGGUACUAUUUUGACGGUAUAGGUCCUAAUCCCAGGAAUACUAAUAAUCCCAAGAAAAGAAGACGUAUAAAGAUUCCUGAGCUAAGUUUUCCAACCUCUGAUGUAGAAGCUGUCUAUGCAGUCCACUGUAGCAACAAUCCAGUUCUCAUAUAUGUUCAACCUCUGGGUAAGUGGUUUAAAAAGCCUAAUAAUGCUAAUGACAAUGGCAAUGAAGAGUGGGAAAAAGUCUUGGAUGAAGUUCCUGACCCAGAAAGCAUCACAGAUUGUGAAGAAUAUAAUCAACUUGUGAAAGUGCUAAACGAUACUGGUAGAUGUGGCCUACCUCUUUGUCCACUACCUCCUAAUCCUGCUUCUCCUGGACCUGAAGAACUUACUGGUAGUGUUGACCCUGCUAAAGGUGCUCAAGAAGCACAAAGGACUGUUGAUCAUAAAUCUCCUGAUCUUAAACAACUUCCUAUCUCAACUUACCAAUCUAAUGCUACUAAAGGUGAUGGUAAAGGACAAGGCCCUGGUACUAUUCCACCCGGUGGAGAUGGUACUGCUACUACUACUUCUUCUCCUCCUGGAACUACUACUCCUAAAGCUGCUGCUGCUAGAGAUGCGGGCCCUCAUGGUCCUGGCUCUCCUCCUUGGGAUGUAAUCUCUGGUGUCCUAACUGGAGUUGGUGUUGUAUCUGGUUCUCUUACUGGACUUGGCUGGUGGGCAUUUAAACGUUCUAAAGGAGAUCCUUGGGUCAGACAAAUUUAG